UAGAAGUAAUUGUUUUGCUGGAAACAUGAAGUACUCAAAAUUAAUCUUCUAUGCUAUCUUUCUGUUAUUAAUAUCAUUAUCCAUUUUUCUGGCAAAUGUUCUGAAUUUUUUGAGCACAGACAUAAAAUUGUCAGCAGAUUCAGCUAGUGAUAGUGAUGAUCACAUAAAAGUAACAGACACUACCAACAAUUUAAUAUGGUUUUUACAGAUAUCUGAUUUACAUUUGAGCAUAUUCAAUGAUGCCUCAAGAAUAACUGAAUUCAAUGAGUUUUGCCAUGAUACCAUAGAUGCAAUAAAACCAAGUGUUGUUCUGGCAACUGGAGAUCUCACAGAUGCAAAAGAUGUUGAUGGAAUUGGUACAAAGCAGUACAAAGAGGAAUGGCAAAUCUAUAAAUCUAUACUGGAUAAAACAAAAGUGGAAGACAAGACAAUAUGGCUUGAUAUAAGAGGAAACCAUGACACAUUUGAUGUGGCUGGUUUGGAUUCACCACAAAAUUUAUUUACUAACUACUCUGUACAAGGAUAUAAUCAUUCCAGAUCUUAUAUGUAUCAAGUGAGAAAAGAAAACAACUUGUACACUUUCAUUGCCAUUGAUGCUUCCUUGAAUACUGGGCCUCGACACCCCUUCAACUUUAUUGGCAUAGUUGAUGAACAAGAAAUCAUCAAAAUAUCCUCAUUCAUCCAACGAACUGAAAACAGCACAUCUAAAAAUACAAUUUUUUACGGACACUUUCCAACAGCAUCUAUUGUUAGUAAAGGUUGGAAAAAUAUAAGAGAAAUUAUUGGAAAACACAAUAGAGGCUUAGCCUACGUUUGUGGACACUACCAUACUUUAGGGGGGCUUGUUGAUAGAAUGUACACCCUUCAGAAAGAAGGAUUUCUAGAACUGGAACUUGUCGACUGGAAAGAUAAAAGAGAGUAUCGUUUGAUGGCUAUAGAUCAUGGAAUUUUAUCAUUUACUGAUAUCCAUCAUGGAGAUUGGCCAAUUGUACUCAUCACUAUGCCAAAAAGUGCUCUCUUUCACAAUCCAUCAAAAGAAAAUUUGGAAGUCCUAAGGAAUUCGACACAUAUUAGAAUCCUCGCUUUUUCUAUUGCAAAAAUUGACAUUGUUGAAGUGAAUAUCAAUAAAGGUGAAUGGAUGACUGGGAGACAAGUUGAAGGUCCUCUUUUUGUCAUACCCUGGAACCCCCUAGAUUAUGCCACAGGUCUCCACAAAAUUGAGAUUCACGUAAGAGAUUUUGAAGGAAGAGAAAAGUUUUCAAGUCAGACAUUUUCUCUAGAUGGGACCAGAGUACCAUUCAGUUUAUGGUCAAAUUUGUUCCUUAUGGUACAUGCCAACAUAUUAUUCAGUUUGCUAUUUUACCUGUUGAUAGCAAUAUUAGUCCUUCCACUUCUAGUCACCAGAUACGCUUUUGGUUCAGUGAAAGCAACAGGUGAACAUCGACGGAUACUUCGCAAAUACGGCAGCAUACCGUUGUUUGAGAAAAUUUGGAUAUUAUCGAGACUCGAUAGGAUAUUCUGGCCGACGAUUUUCUACCCCAUUUACCUGAUUGUGGGGCCUUGGACGAUCGGCUAUCUAGUCGAAGACCAUAUAGGGGUAGUCUUCGCUUGGGGUAUAUUCGUCAACGGGACAUUCAUACCGGACGGGCUGGCCUAUAUCUAUGGCUCUUUCGAGCUGGUUACAUUCCAACUACCACUAACUAUCAUCCUUGCAAAUGCAGUAUAUCAAAGAUUUUAUGAUUUGAAACCCACUCUUGGUAAAACGCCAUCUUUCCUGAGCAAAUUAUGUCUGCAUCUGGUUUUCACCGUCUUGUUACUGAUUCAACUUAUAUUUUCCUACAUGUUUUGGCUGGAAUAUGGCGGCAUGGCUCUCCUUUUUAGCGUUAUCAGAACGUGGUCGGUUAUAGUGGGAACAGUUUUGAUUUAUCAGGCAUCACAUUUUCCACAGGAAUGGAUAAAAUAGUUAUUG